GUCCUCCCGCGGGAUGUGGCCGGUCGCCGAGGAGCGGGGGGUGGAGCCCGGGCCCCAGGCCCGCCAGGAUGGAGGCGGGUCCAGGCGCAGCUCUGACGCGGGCAGGUCGGCGGCAGCUGCCGCGGCGGUGACAAGAGAGCGGCCGAGCCCCUACAACCCGGGGCGGGGUUCCGCGACCCAAGUGCCCGGCUCGCGGAGUGAGGUGGGCGGGCGGCUCGGGACCAUGGCCAGAGCCGGCAUGGAGCGGUGGCGUGACCGGCUGGCACUGGUAACCGGAGCCUCGGGGGGCAUUGGCGCGGCCGUAGCCCGGGCCCUGGUCCAGCAGGGACUUAAGGUGGUGGGUUGCGCCCGCACCGUGGGCAACAUCGAGGAGCUGGCUGCCGAAUGUAAGAGUGCAGGCUACCCCGGGACUUUGAUCCCCUACAAAUGUGACCUGUCAAGUGAGGAGGACAUCCUCUCCAUGUUCUCGGCUGUCCGCUCUCAGUACAGCGGUGUGGACAUCUGCAUCAACAACGCUGGCUUGGCCCGGGCCGACACCCUGCUCUCAGGCAGCACCAGCGGUUGGAAGGACAUGUUCAAUGUGAACGUGCUGGCCCUCAGCAUCUGCACACGGGAAGCCUACCAGUCCAUGAAGGAGCGGAAAGUGGAUGACGGGCACAUCAUUAACAUCAACAGCAUGUCUGGCCACCGAGUGGUACCCCAGUCCAUGACCCAUUUCUAUAGUGCCACCAAGUAUGCCGUCACUGCACUGACAGAGGGACUGAGGCAAGAGCUUCGGGAGGCCCAGACCCACAUCCGAGCCACGUGCAUUUCUCCAGGAUUGGUGGAGACACAGUUCGCCUUCAAACUCCACGACAAGGACCCUGAGAAAGCAGCUGCCACCUAUGAGCACAUAAAGUGUCUCAAGCCUGAGGAUGUGGCCGAGGCUGUCAUCUAUGUCCUCAGCACCCCCCCCCAUGUCCAGAUCGGAGACAUCCAGAUGAGGCCCACGGAGCAGGUGACCUAGUUUCCUGUGGGGAGCUCCUCCUUCCCUCCCUGCCCCUCACAGCUUGGCUCCUGCCUCUGGAUUUUAAGUGUUGAUUUCUGGACCCCUGGAUUCCACUUCCUUUCUCCGCCCCCACUAGGGGCUAGAAAAAUCUUUUGAGGUUUUUAUAUAAUCUUGUCAAAUUGUUUCCACUGCAAAUGUGAAAAAUGGGCUAGGGAGAGGGGGUGGUGCCCUUGAUUGUUUUACCUGUUGACUCGUUCUUGAUCCCCUUCUUGGGCUCCUUGGCCUUUCUUUGUUUGUUGUCCUUGGUCUCUUCCCUUUGACCUGGGGGAAGGACUGUGGCCAAAAGGGGGUGUUCCCCCCAUCUGCUUGCACCCCAGCCCCUGUCCCUCAGGGAUGAGGUGGCAGAGAGAAGCUCUCGCCUUCUAUCUGAAUGAUUAUCCAGGGCUCCAGCCUUCCUCCUCUCCCUGCCCCACUGCCUGCCUGCCAUCCCAGUUCUCCAGCCCAAUCCUGGCUUCUCGACCCCCUGUGGGGUCAUCACUCCACUUUGACAAUGACAGCAGAAUACCAGGGCCUGCCUCCCAAGUGGAUUUCAGUAUGAUAAUUAAAAGAGAAAAAUCGCAACGACCUA